AAAAAAUUAAAACACUCUUCCAUCUUACAGGCAUUGCCAGAGAUGCCUAUGCGCAACUUCCGGUGAGGUGUUUAAAGACCCCAGGAUGUCCAUGCUUGCCGAACCCCGGAGGAAACAGAAGUGGUCUGUUGACCCCAGGAACACUGCCUGGACCAACGAUGACUCCAAGUUUGGCCAGAAGAUGCUGGAGCGUAUGGGCUGGUCCAAGGGCAAGGGUCUGGGGAAAGGUGAGCAAGGCUCCACAGAACAUAUCAAAGUAAAGGUGAAAAACAACAACUUGGGUCUUGGAACCACUGCCAGCUAUGAGGACAACUGGAUUGCUCACCAAGAUGAUUUCAAUCAGCUCUUGGCUGAGCUGAACAGCUGCCAUCGUCAAAGCACCACCGAUGAAUGUCCACCAGAGGAGAAGCAAGGCUUUAGCUUGGAGGAGAAGUCCAAGACCUCCAAAAAGAGGGUGCAUUACAUGAAAUUCACUAAAGGGAAGGAUCUGUCUUGCCGUAGUGAAACAGACCUGAACUGUAUCUUUGGAAAGAGGGCAAAAUGCACCAAAGACCAAGAGGAGGAGAACAAUAGCAGUGAUUCCCAGGGGGAGAAGGAGAAUUUGACUUCUGCCACGUCGGAGUCGACCACGGAGGCCAUCGCCAACACGGUGACGAGCACUCUCACCAUGCAGGAGUAUUUUGCCCAGCGAAUGGCUCAGCUGAAGAGGGCUCGUGGCCAGGCCCAGGAUCCAGCCCCAUCACCAGAGGGAGAGACCAGCGAGCCGUCGUGUUUGUCUGAGGAGCCCAGCAGCCGCGAUACCGAGGAGCCUAAGAAGAAAAAGAAGAAAAAGAAGACCAGAGAGGCUGCAGAAGUGAUUGCUCCCAUUAUUAUCAAAGAAGAGAAUGAGGAGCAGGAGCAGGCCCACUCAGUGAAAAAGAAGAAAAAGAGGAAAAUGAUUGAGAAUGAAGGAGCUGCUAAUGAGGACCGCAGCUCCACCUCUGAUGUGGAACACAACUGUGAGAAGGAGCUGACUCGCUCCAAGAAGAAAAAGCAUAAAAAACAGCAUGAUAAUAACACUGAACUGUUAAAUGCACACGAUCAACCUGAGAAUGAAACUAUGGAAUCUGAAGUUGUACACAAAAAGAAGAAGAAGAAGAAGAAACAUAGAGAACAGGUGGACAGUUUGCUAGUGGAGGACACAGAGGUGCCAGCUGAGAGGAAAUCCAAAAAGAAGAAGAAAAAGAGAGACCAAGAAUAAGGGCUGAAAUGAUCUGGUUAAUCUGUAAUCCCAUGAACUCUUAGGGCUUCAGGCAGACCCUGUGACCCUCCUGUGUCCUCUUAUAAAUGUAAUCACACAGACACAAAUAUAUGAAGUAACUUGUGUCAGAUGAAUUGACUUCCUCUUCUUAGCCCCUAUUUAAUUAGCAAAAUAAACCGGGGAACAGUUUUUACAUCAGUGGCACAGGAGAGUAGAUGUAGGUGAAGGAAGGGAUACAGAUCAGCAUUGAGCUGAGAUUGUCCACUGGAGGAACUGUUUUUAGUCCGCUGCUCAAUGGCAUCCAUCAAAUGAAUUCUUUUGUUUUAAUACAUCUGUCUCGACAGUAUCUAAAAUAUAUUGACACUGUUCUCAUGAGUAGCCUUAUUUUUUAACCAUCAAACUGCAUCUGUCAAAACAUCAGUUGGUGCUGAUGGAGAGCUGGGAUGUGUAAAUAUGUCUGGUAUUGAUUAGUGCCCAAAACGCUCAGUUCCAACAUGCGAUUAAUCCAUUUUUGAAAAAUUGGUACCAAAAGUGUUCAACAAACCAAAAUUCCAUUUUCUCAAAUGUCAACAUUUUUGUAUGUAACCAUCCAGUGGCAUUACUGUUAACUUAAACAGAAUUCCAUAGUUGGUUUUGUUUUCCACCCGGUCAUCUCUAAUCAUAUGUGCAGUUUUUCAUUCAAUGGAAAUUUCAAUUUUGAAUAUAAACCUUCAUAUUGUUGUCCAUUAAGAUGAUUUAGUGGCUCCUUUUGGUAAACAACAAAAGCACAUGGUAUGACUAAAAUUACAUCAAAGAAAUAGUUUAGUACUCUCCAGAUAUGAUGUAUUGUUUAAUGAUUUUUGGGGUGACAAAACUAAGAACUGUUCAAUAUGCCCUCAUUAAUGGGCCCUGAAAAUGACAGAUCUUUAACAUUAUAACUUUUUUUUCUGGAUCAAGUCCCUUUUGAAUAAAUUAAAUUCAAAUAUACAUCUGUG